CUCACCCUGUUGUCAUCUCCUUCCCCCACCCAACCUAGUUCUUUCUCACUCUGUUUUCCUCACCGGAACCUCAGCUCCGACGCAUCUAGGUGGGGCAGCCUGUGCCUCGCCGCCGAGCCGUGCUACUACGGCGAGCCCCCUCAUCUGCCGGCGCUGCGCGACGCCAGCCGCCGGCGAUCUGCUCCGCACUGAAGAGCAUUUUUUUAGGGGAGUGAUAAAAAUGUCAGACCUUUUUAGUGGGAUACAAGCUGCGAUGGUUAUAAACCGUGUAGAAAAUUGUGACAAAUCUGUUGAAGAUUGGGAUAGCGACGGUGAUGGUUCAGGUUGUUCAACGGGGGUAGCUGGAACACCAUGCUUCACCUCGCGGUUAUCUGUGCUAAAGGCUGCUUCAGUAAUUGCCCAGUUUAGCGAAUUUAAGAGACAGUUAGUUAGCGAAAUCGGUUUUGGGGGAAUGUUAGAGUUGAAGUCAUGGCAAAAGAUUAAUCUGAAAUACAGUGCGUACUUGAUGGAUAGAGUUGAUUUAGAUUCAUGCUCCUUAAACCUGGAGUCACAGGGGGUGUUGGAUUUGGUUGACAAGAAUAUAAAUUAUGUAUUUGGCAUCCCAUGUGGCAAUCUAACCAUUCAAGGUGAAGGCGUUGAACCAUCUGAAGCUUGUAUCGAGUACACGCGUGUAGCAGCAUCAUUCAGUGAGAAAGGCACACAUAGCCUAAAAGCUGCUGAAUCAAUCUUACUUGCACCCAUAACAGAAAAAUCAACGGAAACAGAGAAGCAUUGUUUCAAAAUUGCCUUUGUGAUUUUCAUCAUUGGACAUGUGCUUGCUCCGACCGCCAAACAUGACUACAUAUCAGUAGAUUUUUGGGCUGCACUGAAUGAUGUCAACAAGAUCAAAGAUUGGAACUGGGGGGCAUAUGUGCUGAAGAAUUUGUUACAAGCAGUUAGGAAGUUCAAAACCGAUGUUUCAAAGAGGAACCCAACCAUACAUAUAGUUGGAUGCCAUCUGUUUCUGCAGGUGUUUGUUCUCGACAACUUAGAGCUCGGUCUACUAAACAAGCAACACGGAGUAACACCAAGAAUAGGCUUGUAUGAUUAUGAGUCAAUGAAAAAGAUGGUCGAGCAAAUCACAGUAAACAUCCCAAGUGGUGAAGUCACUCUCAGCGGCGGCAAGGUCAGGGAUGAUACGCCUGCAGGGGGUAUUGAGUCACAUGUAAAUGUUGCAGGCACAGGAAAGAUUGCCAAACCAGCUUUCACCCUGAAAAGAGCAAGUACUCCAUGCUCGCCAAUGUUGCGAUCUACUUACACGAAGAAUGGCCCGCAAGAGUUUUCAAACUAUAUACGAUCGCGGUACCCAACCAUAUCAGCACAGAAACUUGGCAUUCUCCUUCGGGAACAAAAUGCACGCGGCCUGGCAAACAUAUCGGAAAUGCGGCAAGCGUUCCAAUCAAACAUGUUCACAUUCACUGACAAGCUAAUGGCGUGCCUCGGAGAAAUGUGUACAUGUUGUAAAGCACACGGACGGAAAAUGUGUGUCCUCAAGAGCGAAGACAAAACCAUACACGAACCGCCCCCAACUCCAUCAACUGAACAGUUAAGCACUCCACUAGUCACCAAGAUUGGACCACGCCUUCCUGCACCAGGAAUGCCAGAAGGUCAAGUGUCUGCUACUAGUUCUGUUUCUAGGAAAAGGGAUGGAAGCCUAUCAUCAAGUAUGCAGUCCGGUCCAUCUAAGAGACUUUGUUUACCAGCCUCCAUUGGAGAAGAUGACCUUUGCCAAAAACAGAGACCAAUAGCCCAAGAUUCUAUAGUUAUGGACAUCGCUAGCAGCAUCCUGUCAAUGUAUGAUGAUCUAACAACCGUCCUUGUCACUUAUUAUGCCGAGAUCCGUCCAGCACCCACGGCGAUCUUGUUUGGUGCAACAACAGACGGAGCACCUGUGAAGAUUGACCUGGCACAGUGCAACUUUGGGAGGGACCCAUGGGUUGCUGGUUCGGUACCCCCGCCCCCUCCAGAAAAUGCGCUUAGGGCUAUACGAGACUGGAUGUCAGCAGCAUCCAUGACCAAUUUGCAGAGGAAUUGGAUUUUACACCUUAAACCAAGGCUCAUAUCAAUCGAAGGGAUUGAAAUCCAGCAACAACUUGCACAUGGAGACCCAAUGUCACACGAGAUAUGUACUGCUAUCUUUCGGAGGCUUGCCCAACUGGACCAGUCUUGCUCUAAGGACACGCCUGGCAACAUCUGGAGGAAGUACAUAGAGCCUGACUUUGCUACAACUGUUUUGUCGAACGCCGAUCCAUUGACUGGUCAAUCUAUUCGCACUGGGUUUCAGGAAGGAACAGGUCUUUGCAACCCAGCUUCAUGCCGAAUGUGGUUCAUCCCAGCAAUUCUUCCAGAUGGAUGGGCUGUAUAUUUAUUUGAUAUGAUGCGGAAACGAAUCAUUGUGUUAGACCCAGCAGUUGGCCCAUUUGGGUAUAGCAAUAGGCGGGUCAGCAUGCACGAGUUUGUAAGCAACAAACUGCAUGCUGCCCUGUUCAACUGUUUACAUAGUUUCUUCAGUUCUUGGCACUGUGAUUCCACUAACUGGGGACGCACAUUCCCGAUCAUAAUGCGGGAAAAAAUUGAGAGAGAUGAAACUGGCUUGGGUGCUACUUUCUUUGCUAGGAAUUUCGACGGUGACAGGCUACAAAUCCCGCUGACCAAAGAGACGUUGGCAUCACACAGCAACCUCAUGCUUUACGAGCUGAUGCGGAUGCAAGGGAACCAAACCAAGGCGGCACACGAUUCACUCGAAGCAAUCAAAGGAACGUUCCUUGUUCUUUAGGGCAGCUAGAAAGACGAGCAG